CUAAAAAACAAGCACCCAAAACCAGUACUAGAGAAGAGAAAACGCUCCUCCAAGGUUCACCGAUUCUCUCCCUCUCAUGGCGGUAGCUUCUUCCCCCCUGAACCAAGCCUUGUUUCCCAAACACCCUUCAUUUCAUAGGAAUUCCAGAUUCCGUCCUCGUCUUCAGUGUUCUUCAGCUCGGUUUCCAUCCGCUGCUAUUCGUGCGAGCUUUGCUGUUGCUGUAAAGUCGGAAUUAAGCACUGCUCACAAGGAAGCAUAUGAGGCUGAGUUGUUUGCAUGCCCAAUUUGUUAUGAACCACUCAUAAGAAAAGGGCCUCCAGGUUUUAACUUGCCAGCAAUCUACAGGUCUGGUUUCAAGUGUGAAAAGUGCGACAAAUCAUACUCCAGCAAAAACGUGUACUUGGAUCUCACUAUCACUGCUGGAAUGAAGGACUACACUGAAGUUAAACCAGAUGGUACGGAGUUUUUCCGGGGUCCGCUUAUUUCUUUUCUAUAUGAAAGAGGGUGGCGUCAAAAUUUUAGUCAAAGUGGCUUUCCUGGUCCUGAUGAAGAGUUCAAAAUGGCUCAGGAAUUUUUCAAGCCUGCAGAAGGUGGUCUUUUGGUAGAUAUUAGCUGUGGGAGUGGUUUGUUUUCCCGAAAAUUUGCCAAAUCAGGCAGCUAUUCUCGAGUAGUUGCACUUGACUUUUCUGAAAACAUGCUUCACCAAUGUUAUGAUUUCAUAAAGAAAGAUGAUACGCUUUCAACCACCAAUCUUGCUCUUGUUAGGGCAGAUGUUUCUAGGCUUCCCUUCAGAUCAGGUUCAGUUGAUGCUGUUCAUGCUGGUGCAGCCUUACAUUGCUGGCCAUCUCCUUCUAAUGCAGCUGCUGAAAUCUGUCGUAUUUUGAGAAGUGGUGGAGUUUUUGUUGGAACCACGUUUCUUUUUAGCUCUUCAUCUAUUCCCUGGUUUUUACGGCCUUUACAACAGAGGGCUUUGCAGAGCUACAACUAUUUCACUAAAGAAGAGAUUGAGGACUUGUUCACAUCAUGUGGAUUUACCAACUACACAAGCAAAGUUCAACAAUCUUUCAUCAUGUUCUCUGCUCAGAAGCAUUGAAACUCGGUUUGCAUCAUUUGGUUUUAUCAUAUUCCUUGAUGAUUUCUUCAGUUGUUAAUCAAAUCUAUAUAGACCUUCUAUACAAACAAUACUGUAGAUGGUGAUAGCCUGACACAGAUGUAAAGUAAUAUAAUGUUGAGAACUAUAAUAUUCUACCCUUCUUUGGUCUAAAAA